CACCACCUUAUUUCCCACCCAGCAGCCUUGGUAGUCUGUGGUUGGUUUCCGCUCAUUCCCACUUUCGUUUUCAGUAAUCUCGAAUUCCUGAUUUCACUCGCGUUCAAGCCAUGGCUGUCCUGCGUUUCCUCGUGUUUUUCCUGCUGGCGCUGCACGUCGCUCGCGCCGCACACGCGUUCUCAGUAUUCGGCGUCUCGUCCAAAGCCACCGACCCUGUCGGCGGCGUUCCCGUGGACGAGCCGCCCCUCUCGCAGUCCUCCAAUCCGGAUGAAGCAGAGCCGCGGACCGUGGCUGCAGGCGUGUCGCAUCUCGCGGGCACAGCUAAGGAAGGGGCCGAGGAGGAGAGUGAAGGGAAGUGGACGGAUUGGAUCUCGGGCGUGACAGGGAUGGGGAAGACGUCAUCAUCUGAAGCCCAGGCGGAGCAGGAGUGGUCAGAGGCGGCAGACGCGGCAGGCGAGUCGGCAGCCAAGGCAGGCCAGUCCGCCGCCACGGGCGGAGACGCCGCCAGGAAGCAAGCGGAGGCCGGAGCUAGCGCCGCAUCUGACGCCGCUUCAGGCGGGGCAAGCGCCGCGUCUAACGUCGUAUCAAGCGCGUGGGAGAAGCUCAAGGAGGCGACUACCGGGGCGGCUUCCGCUGGGCGCGAGGGCGCGGAGCAGGUGGGGGAAACGGGCGUGCAAGCACAGCGGCGUGUGGGGGAGGCUGGCGCGCAGCUGGGGGAGCGUGUGGGGGAGGCUGGCGCGCAGCUGGGGGAGCAUGUGGGGGAGACGGGCGCGCAAGCGCAGGAGCGCGCAGAGGAAUACGCGGACGCUAUGGCGGAAGGCGCGGGGGCUACGCUCAAGGGGACCAAGGCGGGCGGGCAGCGGGCCGCGGAAGAGGCGGGGAAGGCGGGCUGGGGAGUCUACGACCGCGUUCGGCAAGUGGCGGAUCGACUUCAGCACGCUGCGGGGCACGGAAUGCACAUCGCACAGCAAACGCGCGACACUGCGGCUUCCGCAGGCGCGGAGGCGGAGGAGCGCGCAAAGGCUGGCGGAACAGCCGCGGCGGAGACUGCUGAAGGCCUCACACAGCGGGCAGGCGAACGGGCAGCUGACGUGGCGUCAACGGUGGAGGCGGGACGCGAGGUUGCGGGAGAGGGCGCGGAACAUGCCACUGGCGCAGUCGGUUCGGCAGUAGGGGGGGUGGUUGGCGGCGUGCGUGACACCGCGUCGCGAAUCGGCGAGGCGACAAAACAAGCCGCGAAGGGCACUGCUGCUACGGUCGGGCAAGCGGGGGAGUUUGCUGCUGAUACCGUGAAGCAGGUGGGCGCAGGCGCGUAUGGCGCGGGGAAAGGCGCUUAUGACACCGCGGCUGGAGCAGCGGGGCGCGUAGGGGAGGGCGUUUCUGGGGCAGGCCAAUUCACUGCUGAUCAGGCCAAGGUGGCUGGGUCGAAGGCUUAUGAUACCGUGUCAGGCGCCGCUUCUGGCGCUGCGGCGGCAAUUCCGGGCCCUGCGGACUUCCAGCGCGCGGGGAAGGCGAUGAUGGAGUGGUCAUUGCGGCUUGUGGCGCAGCGGAAGGACGAAGCGGAGGAGGCUACGCGGAAGGCGCAGGAGGCGGCGGAGAAGGGCUCGGGGAAAAGCGCUGAUUGGCUGAAGCAGCUGGCGGAGGGUGCAAGCGCACGAUAUGAGGCGGCGAAAGAGGCGCUGAGCUUCGCUACGGGGGAAGUGGGGGAGCUGCGGAGGCCUGGCGGAGCGGAAGAGGGGGAAGGCGUGCUGCGCGACAUGUACAGCCGCGCGGAAGCCUCCGUGCACGAGCUCUGGAAAGCGGCCAACGACGCAACGGAAACGGCGAAAUCGAGGAGCGAAGAGCAGGCUGAAGCUGUGAAGAAGGAAGCAUGGAGGAGGUACGUAGAGGCGAAGAAGGGCUUCGAGCAGAUCCAGACUCAAUUUGGGGAUGUGUUUGAGAAGAUGGGGAUGCGGGGAGAGACGGGCGGAGUGAAGGGUGAAGGAAAGGGGGAGAGGAUCAGGGAGCAUGUCGUGCAUCCUUCUCCUGGUGAUGCGCUUCGUGUGGAGCUGUGAAGGGUAGACGCGAGGGUGAGGUGGGGACGUGGAGGGGCGAGCCAUUAGUCGUUCCACUUUCAAUAGGGGUGUAUAGCUGCUGUAUA